GAGUCGGCGGCUUCGGGUAAAAAUGGCUGAAUAUUUAGCUUCGAUAUUCGGGACUGAGAAGGACAAGGUUAACUGCUCUUUUUACUUUAAGAUCGGGGCCUGCCGGCACGGGGACCGGUGCUCCCGGCUUCACAACAAACCGACAUUCAGUCAGACCAUAGUGCUGCUCAACCUGUACCGGAAUCCACAGAACACUGCCCAAACUGCAGACGGAUCGCACUGUCACGUGAGCGACGUGGAGGUGCAGGAACAUUAUGAUAACUUCUUUGAGGAGGUGUUCACGGAACUGCAGGAGAAGUAUGGGGAGAUUGAAGAGAUGAAUGUGUGUGACAACCUCGGGGACCACCUCGUGGGCAAUGUCUAUGUCAAGUUCCGGCGGGAGGAGGAUGCGGAGCGGGCAGUGGCUGAACUCAAUAACCGCUGGUUCAAUGGGCAGGCUGUGCAUGCUGAGCUGUCACCUGUCACCGACUUCCGGGAGUCAUGCUGUCGGCAGUAUGAGAUGGGGGAAUGUACCCGUGGUGGCUUCUGCAAUUUCAUGCACCUGCGGCCCAUCUCCCGGAACCUCAGGCGGCAGCUCUAUGGGCAGGGACCCCGACGCAGGUCACCCCCGAGGUCCCAUACUGGACACCGUCCCCGAGAAAGGAAUCGACGGCGCUCCCCGGACCACCGGCAUGGCCGCUUCUGAGACCCUGGCCCCCUUGCCCUCCAUCCAUGACAGGCACAGAUGUGUCUGGCCCCGACCCCUCCUCAAAGCUCCAUUCCCUCCCCCAUCCCAGUCUUCCCCAGGCUCUGGGGCUCACAGGGAACUCUGUUGGACGCAGGGACUGUCUCCUACUGCCCCUCCCCUAAUAAAUUUCCAUAUUUGUUCAA